UGCAUCAGACGCAGAAAAAGGUUGAACUGGGAAUCAUCACACUCUGUUUCAGUGUUUCUGAAAAUUAGGGUUUAAGGAAAGAGAUGAAGCAAGUGGUGGGAAUGGUGGUCUCCAACAAGAUGCAGAAAUCGGUGGUUGUGGCCGUCGAUAGGCUCUUCUAUCACAAGCUUUACAAUCGCUACAUCAAGCGCACAUCCAAAUUCAUGGCCCACGACGAACAAGAUCAAUGCAACAUCGGCGAUCGAGUGAGAUUGGAUCCUUCGAGACCUAUAAGCAAACGGAAGAAUUGGAUUGUGGCUGAAAUUCUCAAGAAAGCACGCAUUUAUGUCCCACCAUCUGCUGCUGAUUCUACCAAAAUUAAUGCUCAACAAUCGCCUUCUUCUUCUUCUGCUGCUACUUCGUCCUCCUGAGGUUUAAGGGCAGCUGAAAGUUUGUGCUAAAAGCCUAAAACAUUAUGAAAAGUUUGGAUUUUUAGAUAGGAGAAGAAGGUCCUCAAGAAUUGCUUUUUCAACAUGCUCUGAGUUAAGGUUUGAUACAUAUAUUGUUGUUGGUUUUUUGGAAGUUCAAGAAUGCUACUUCUCUUGUUUUGGAUCUUUUCAUUUGUAAGGAUGGAUGGUCUUUUCAUGUACUAAAUCUUUAUAAAAACAAGAGAUUUGUAUUCCUCACUACUCACUAGUGCAUAAGCUUUAAUUGGAGUUGUUCUACAUUUCUUUA